AUGGUACACACCGUCACCGCAUGUCUAUGUCUAUGCAAUAUUCCGUUAUCGAUAGGGCUGUUAAUAUGGAAAUUACAUAACAAGCCUGGAAGUCGAUUAUUCACUGUAAACGGAUUUCUGGCAAUGGAAGGUUUUUUGUUCACUCAGAUAUUCUUUAACGCAUCUCGCGUAGCCAUUUCUGUGAUCCUGCUUUAUAACUUGCUCGAUUCGCAAUGGAUCGCACGCUCAAUGAUGGAUUAUAUAUCCUGGUACCUUGGGUCAGUCGCAGUGGCUACAUAUCUUGCUGGAGUACUACGAACGAUCCCUCGGAUGCACUUUUACCGCCAAUCCCCAUCUCACAAACUCUCUCUCCAUCUCCCCACUAUCCGUGCUGUAAUGGUCGCUUACGUCAUCUUCGUCGUCGCCGCUUUGGUUUUUAAUAUAGUCACAGCCUCGCUAACUGGAUAUUUUCUUACGGAAAAACAAAAUCUGGAGUCAUCAUCUUCUGGACAAAGCAACGUAGACAAAUAUCUAUCCAUAUUAUAUGCCAUUCAAUAUGGAGCAUGUGGUAUCUUUGUGUUAUUAAUCGCUAUAGCGUAUAUUAUAUACGGAAACAAACUGACAGAAAUCGCGAGCGAGGGAAGUUACUUGUUGAAAGCUAUGAGUCGGGCAAGCGGAGCUGAUAAGAAAAAGAAAGGAUGGACAUUUAGUGAGUUUGGUCCUCGUGGAAAGGAAUUGGAAGCAAAACAUCGUACACUAAAAUUGAGUGUUUUGAAGAUGAAAUUCCUCCACAUUAUAUUUGUAAUCAGCCUUCUCUUAUUGGGUUCGCUUCUCAUAAGCUUUGCCUGUUUCCACGAACGCAUCAUAAACAACCUUUCAGUCAGUAAAAUCUACGCCAGCGGCGGUAUUAUGACAGUAUUCAUUCUCAACACUAUGGUGCUAGUCGUCAUAGCUUGCGGUUGUUUUAAUGCAAAGAUAAAACCAAAACAAGAUGUCGUAACGGAUGUCAUCACAACGGAUUUAACAUCCCCAGCACCGGCUUCACAAUCGCACAUUAGAAACGGAUCUGCAGGUUCAGAGUCUCAGUUGUUGAGAUCCCCACCGCCAAUCGUUACAUCGCCAUUAGGGAGGUCGUCGGUUACAUGGACAGAAAGUAGUGAUCACGAUAUUGUUAAUAUAGAAGAUAUUAGUAAGGAUUGUUGA